UUCCCACCUUCACCGAUUCUCUGCCUUGCAUGCCAGCAAGGCGCCAACCCUGUGAGCAUUGCCGAAGACACCACCUGCGAUGUAGGCAUUUUCAGAAUAGUCACGUCGCCUUCGUCACUGAACUCACUUCAUCUGCCUCAUAGGUGAUGACUCUCGCCCCAAAUGUGAACGAUGCCGAAAUGCUGGGAGAGAAUGCAUUCGUUCCAGCCCACAGUUGCAGUUCCUGAACACAACCAGCGCAGAAUAUGCGCAGGAUUUCUCUGAUGCGUCAAAUACACUAGAUAUCAGUAUGGCUUUUCUUCUGGUUACAAUCGCAGCUUACCUUCCAGCAGGCAAACAUGCAUUUCAAUACGUCGAUGAGACUCCAGCCUUAGCAGCCCUUUACGCGGCAGAGACAACUAUUGCCGCGGAGCAGACUGACGCGUUUCCCUCUCAUCCAACCCGCCAGAUCGAACAUGGUGGCAUUCGCAGCUCAGAACAGACAUGGGACGAAUCGAGACUAUCUGCAAUCAAUACUCUCCUCGCCGCUGAUCUACCGUCACCGCAAUCACAAACCCAGGCCACGCAGGCACAGUUGAGCCUAGAGGAAGCCUGUCUUAUCCGUUAUUUUGUCGAGAGUCUCGGGUUAUGGUUCGACCUGUGUGACCCGGAAAGGCACUUUGCCGUCGUUGUUCCACAAAGAGCGCGUAUUUGCGCACCUCUUCUGGACGCGAUCCUCGCCGCAUCCGCCCGGCAUUUCAGCACUCUCCCUCAACAACGUCAGCUCGCAAUAACACAACAAUAUGGAUUGAAAGAGGGCCUCGCUAUUGGCGAGGAGUCUAUGCUCGCCUACCACAGUCGCUCUAUCGCUGGCCUACGUGCUGCCAGCCAGGAACCUAACGCGAUCAUGGACGAGAACCUACUUGCCGCGGUUGUGAUUCUCCGGUUCUAUGAAGAACUUGACAGUCCCUUUACCGAUCCCCCCUCUGACACCGCCAUCCGUGGUCUCCAAGUCUUUCUCGAAGCACAAGCUUCUUCCGCGAUCCAGACGUGUCAUGGCCUCCGCUCCUCAGCCUUCUGGGUCGGCUUCCGGCAGGAAUUCCACAUGGCCAUCACCCAGCGUCGAUCCUUCCGGAUACCCCUCACCACUGUGGCUCACUACCUUCCCACCCGAGCCUCUCCAGACCAUAUCUGGGCGAACCGGUUGCUCAUCAUCGGGGCGCAUGUCAUUCAAUACUGUUUCCCGCCAGUCCAUUCUCCUGAACAAUCUCCCGGUCAGAAAUCCACCGUCUAUGAACACCUUCUCAACCUCCGCCAAAGCUGGGCGGCUCGCGCACCCUCGAGCUUCACCCCAAUCUACACCACUUCUGCUUUGCCCUCCGAAGGACUCUUCUUCCCACAGCAAUGGUUCCUCAACGACACCCACAUCGUGGCCACGCAAUCCCUCGGGCUCAUCGAUCUGUUGCUUGCCACGCACGACCCCCACGUUGACCGGCUCCGCCCCCGCGUGUCGCACCGUCGGGCGCUUGCCGUGCUAGACGAAGAGAUCCGUACCACAGUGCGGGAGAUCUGCGGGGUGGCGGUAGCCAACCGACAGAGUCCAACGGCAGCGUUGACAGCGAGUCUGUCGGUGGUGCUAGGGGCGGAGACGUUUCGGGAGGCAUCACAAGCGGAGAAAGACGCGCUACUUACUGUGGUGCGGGGUAUCAAGGCGGAGAGUUAUUAUUUCCCUGGAGAAGGAAUGGAAGGGGUGAUUUUAGGGGUGUGGGGGGGAGGGAAAGUGUCUUUCCUGAGCCUGUGA